CAGAAGCAGACUUUGCGACCCGGAACUGAUGACUCCUCCACCAGCUAUCCUUUCUGUUGUGUGUUUAAUUCUAUUCCAUUGUGAUCUACUUGUAGUUGUCUUCGAUUGGUAAAAGCAAGAAACCUUUGCAUAAAUAGGUGUAGUUUCCCGUCUCCUGGAAAAGAGCUCGAAUAUGUGUGUGAGCUUGACAGCGAUACGAAGACAAAGCAGAAAAAGAGAGCAACAAGUAGUUUGGAAGGAAGUGUGCUUACGAUGAAUAUGGAAACGUGUAACACAGAUACAAAUAGCCAUGAGGAUGCAGGGUGUGAUCUUUGUGAGACCCCUGUAAUCAAGAAAAGCAGCCAGGCAGUCAUGAAAGAUAAUGAUAAGCUGUGUGAAUCAACAAGAAAACGUAAGGAGCGGAAUUAUGAACCAGAGGACCAUUGAAAGAAUUUGCUUCACAUUUUACACAAGUAGUAUGGCAGGAAGUGUGCUUACGAUGAAUAUGGAAACUUGUAACACAGAUACAGAUAGCCAUGAGGAUGCAGGGUGUGAUCUUCAUGAGACUCUUGAAAUCAAGAAAAGUAGUCAGGCAGUCAUGAAAGAUAAUGAAAAUCUGUGUGAAUCAACAAGAAAACGUAAGGAGCAGAAUGAAGAACCAGAAGACCAGACCCAGACCUCUUUGCCGAACUGUGGCGAGGACACAAAGGACAUCACUUAUAAAGAAACUCCUGAUAUUAUUGAUGCACACAUCCCAAUGGAGCCAAGCAGUGGAGAAAAGGCAAUUGAAUCAGCUUCACCAGAUGCCAAGCUGGUCAAGAUGACUUGCAUGUCUACAGAGAUGCCAGGGACAAACCUAAGUUCCUCUGUAAAUACAAGUAACACUCAUUAUGAAGAUGUGGAGAUGAGAGAGAGUCCAGCAUGCAAAGAGUCUCUGCCUAGCAACUCUCCUGUCUGCCACGAUUUACAAGACCCCUGUUCCAGUGUUGACCCGAUGGUGGUGGAGCCCAAACCCUUAGUCCCCAAUCCAGAAGCUGUAGACAGCUUCAAAGAGGAACCUGAAGAGACACCCAUGGAAACAGAUGACACAGAGGGGCAAAACUCUGGUGCUGAUGCUUUUGUUCCCGAAAAUGUUGUUGAGACUGAACCUGAGAGUGACCAGACACAGGUUUCUCCUUCAGAAAGUGAGCAAGUGCCAGCAGAGCAGAAAGAACAGGAAUGGCUUGGGACCCCAAUAAAGGAGCUUAGAAGAAUGCCUCAGUGUGGACAGUCCCUGCCACACCUCAGGGCAACAGACAAUCACAAAGUACUCAUCAGGACAGACCUGCUCAAAGAAGGUCAAGUCCCCCAUCCAUAUCCCAACAAAUACAGAGAUUCCUGGGAUGAUAUGACAGUAAAGAUGCCUUGUUCAGAAAAGAACCUGUUUCCUGUGGAGAAUGAGGAUGGAAGAGAAGUGCAAAGUCGAUGGGAGUUGAUUCGUUCAGCUUUGGAAGGAGAAUGCAAAAGUUCACUUGACAUUAGGGAUGCGAUAUUGAGUUACAACACCGUACAUGCCAAAAGAUGGGACUUCACAGCUUUGAAUUAUCUCUGCACUGAGGGUAUGGAAAAUGAAGAAGUACAGCAUCUCUUUAAUAUCACAUUGCCAAAGAUGAUGAAGCUGGUUUUGAAUACGCCCAAGAUUUGCACCCAGCCAAUCCCGCUGCUUAAGACGAGGAUGAAUCAGUCCUUGACCAUGUCACAGGAACAAAUUGCCUGCCUUCUUGCCAAUGCCUUCUUCUGUACAUUUCCCAGACGCAACUCGCGCAGGUCCGAGUAUGGCAACUACCCCGACAUCAAUUUUUGCAGACUGUUUGAAGGUCCUUCCUCACGCAAGAUUGAGAAACUCAAAACUCUGCUGUGCUAUUUCAGGAGAGUCACAGAAUCAAUGCCCACUGGUCUUGUCACAUUCACACGACAGAGCUUGAGCAGUUUUCCAAAAUGGGAAAGUUCAAAGAAACAGCUCACCCAUCUUCAUAUCACCUUUAAGGGCACCAUAGAGGAUGAUGGCUUCGGGAUGCUUCAGGUGGACUUUGCGAACAGGCUCGUGGGUGGAGGGGUGACAGGUAUGGGGUUGGUCCAGGAGGAGAUACGCUUCAUCAUCAACCCUGAGCUCAUGGUAUCACGCCUCUUCACAGAAGCUUUGGACCACAACGAGUGCCUCAUCAUCACAGGCACAGAGCAGUACAGUAAGUACACUGGCUAUGCAGAGAGCUUCAGAUGGAAAGCCAAUCACAAAGAUGAGAUUCCCAGAGAUGGGUGGCAGCGGAGGUGCACCGAAAUUGUGGCUGUGGAUGCACUGAAAUACAGGAAUUUCAUGGAACAGUUUCAGCCUGAGAAAAUGAUCCGGGAGCUAAAUAAGGCAUAUUGUGGUUUCAUGCGACCUGCUGUGAACCCUGAGAACCUCUCCGCCGUUGCCACAGGAAACUGGGGAUGUGGUGCGUUUGGAGGCGACACGCGACUCAAAGCUCUGCUGCAGUUGAUGGCAGCUUCUGAGGCGGGGAGAGAUGUGGCCUACUUCACUUUUGGAGAUGAGGAACUCAUGAGGGACGUGCAUGCCUUGUACAAAUUUCUUAAAGACAAGUGUGUCACUGUCGGCACUCUGUACUUCUACUUAAAGCAGUACUCUAAUGUGGUGUCUAAGCAUCUCCAGAGGCCUAACAUCAGCCUCUAUGGGUACAUCUAUGAUAAGGUCAAUACAAAUACGGACCCCGAGCCCUGCCCCAGCCCCAGCGACAGCAACUUAACCACUGCGCCUUCCCCCUGUCCUGCGGACUGCCAUUAAUGCUGGUCAACAGAUAACUCAACCUUGUCCAAAUGCCGUAGUGCUUUCUAUUACUUUAGAAAGAGAGCACAUUACGCCUGUCUUUUCCUUUUUUUUUUUUUUUUUUUUUGAACCAUUGAGUAAGUUUCAAGUCAUUAUGAAUAAGGGGACAGAAAAUAUAGCAAUAGACUGUAAAUCCUUAUUUCUUGUGAACAUCAUCUAGGUUUGAUCCUGGGAUAGUUUUUCUGGAAUGCCAGCCAAGCUUCCCUAGGUUCAAAUUUACUACAUGAUCUUAGGAAAUUAAAUGAUCCAAGGUGUAGUCUUUAUUUAUUUUAUUUUUUCCUCAUUCAGGAACUAACAGUGAUUCAAAAAAAAAGUGUGUAGACAUAAAUAACAAAAUAUGCAUGAGAACCUCUAAAUACACAAUUAAGUCCCCUUUGAAACUUGAUUAUGAAAUGUAUUGCACAAGACUUAUCCUUUUUUUUAUUUCUCAAAUAUGAAAAGGUUUGAUAAUGAAAGAUGUGAAAAGGAAAUAUUACCUGUUGGAAAAAACUUGUGGAAACACUAAUGGAACUGCUGCAAAUCAGAUUGUGGGAAAAAAUAUAGUAUCUGCAUGACAUUUUUAGUGAUUUAUUACGCUCAAGGUUUUUACAGUUUCAUUCACUGUUUUGAUUAAAGGCACCUUCAAGAAAUGGGGUUGGUAUUUAAAGGUGGUGAAUAUUUUCAUAUGUUUUGCUCUUUAUUUAAUUCUGAUUUGAUAAUUAAAAUGGUUGAUUCAGAAA